UUACAAGUCGAAGUAGAUUAGGAAAUGUCUGAAGUUGCGACUGACAAAAUUGUUUCUUAACAAAACUAUAUUAAGCAUUUCCGGUCGACAGUCAACGACGACGACGGCGAAUAUGGCAAAGAGAGCGAAAUUAGUAAACACAAUUCUCUCUACUUCAAAUAAAAAAUUCACCUUUGGGCUACUCCCUCAGCUCCAAUGCCGUAACGCCACCCAUUUUCCGGCGACUAACCGACCACCCAAACUCGCUGAUCAAAUAUCCCGUCUUUUGAUUCUCCAGCGUUACACCGCCGUAGACAACCUCAAAUUUGAUUUCUCUGACAACCUCGUCGACGCCGUUCUCGUACAACUCAAACUUCAUCCUAACGCUUCGUUGCAUUUCUUCAAGUUAGCUUCACGGCAUCAGUUUUAUAAACCCCAUGCAAAAUCUUACUGCAAAAUAGUUCACAUAUUAUCCAGAGCGAGAAUGUUCGAUGAGACUAGGUUUUAUUUAUCCGAGCUUCUGGAACUUUCUAGAAACCAAAAACCUUUGUCGUUAGUUUGGGAUGAAUUAGUAGCAGUUUAUAGAGAGUUCAAAUUUUCUCCUACAGUAUUCGACAUGGUUCUAAAAAUUUACGCGAAAAAGGGGUUAGUGAAGAAUGCCUUGUACGUGUUUGAUAAUAUGCAUAAGUGUGGUCGUGUGCCUAGUUUGAGCUCUUGUAAUAGUUUAUUGAGUAAUUUGGUGAAAAAAGGUGAUAUUUUUACUGCUUUUUCUGUAUAUGAUCAGAUGAAUGGGAUUGGGAUCUCUCCUGAUAUAUAUACGUGUACGAUAAUGGUAAAUGCAUAUUGCAAGGAUGGGAAGGUUGAUAAAGCUGAGAUUUUUAUUGAUGAAAUUGAGAAGAUGGGUUUGGAGCUAAGUGUUGUUACUUAUCAUAGUUUGAUCAAUGGGUAUGUGGAGAAGAAGGAUCUCAAGGGUGUCGAAAGAGUGUUGAGGCAAAUGAAGGAAAGAAGAAUUUCGAGAAAUGUGGUUACGUUCACGUUGUUGAUUAAGGGUUAUUGCAUGCUGUGUAAGAUGGAGGAAGCUGAGAAAGUGUUCAGAGAAAUGAAGGAAGUGGAUGAGCAGGCGUAUGGCGUGUUAAUUGACGGGUUUUGUCAAAUAGGGAAAAUGGAUGAUGCCCUUAGGAUUCGGGAUGAGAUGUUGAGAUCAGGGUUUAACAUGAACUUAUUCAUUUGUAAUUCCUUGAUAAAUGGUUAUUGCAAAGUUGGAAAAAUUAGCAACGCGGAACAGAUUGUUAGGAGCAUGAACGGCUGGAAUCUAAAACCUGAUUCAUAUAGCUAUCACACCCUUUUAGAUGGCUAUUGUAGGGAAAGAUUGAUGCAAAAUGCAUUCAACCUUUGUGAUGAGAUGAUUCGUGAUGGUAUCUAUCCAACGGUUGUCACUUACAACACUCUCCUGAAAGGACUAUGUCAGGAAGGUGCCAUUUCUGAUGCUUUGCAUCUUUGGAAUUUGAUGCUUAAAAGAGGUCUUGUUCCUAAUGCAGUUGGAUACAGUACUCUUUUAGAUGGAUUUCUUAACAUGGGAGAAUUUGAAAAGGCUUUAGUCCUGUGGAAACAUAUACUAGCAAGAGGGCACACCAAAAGCAGGAUUCUUUUAAAUACGAUGCUUAAAGGAUUCUGUAAGAUGGGGAAAAUGGCUGAAGCUGAGCUGCUUUUUAACAAAAUGGAGGAGCUUGGCUGUUCACCAGAUGCAAUAACUUACAGGACACUAAGUGAUGGGUUUUGUAAAACAGGGGAGAUUGAAAAAGCUUUGGAAACAAAGGAUGCCAUGGAAUUGCAAAACAUUCCUGCCUCUGUAGAAAGUUAUAACUCCCUUAUUAGUGGACUUAUGAAGGCUGGGAAGUUUGGCAGAGUCGAAGAUCUCCUUAAUGAAAUGCAUGACAGGGAAUUAACUCCCAACACUGUUACAUUUGGAGCCCUUAUUGCUGGUUGGUUUAAAGAAGGAUUGCCUGAGAAAGCUUUUAAAGCAUAUUUUGAGAUGAGAGAGAAGGGAUUGAAUCCAAAUGUCAUCAUAGUUAGCUCUAUUAUUAGUGGAUUAUACAAACUUGGUAGGACUGAUGAUGCUAAUAAGCUCCUGCAGAAAAUGCUGGAUGUAAAUUUGUACCCUGACCUUAGACGUUUUUACAGUUUUUCAAACUCUAGGACAGAGCUGCUAGAUGUGCAGAAAGUUGCGGAUUCCCUUGAUGGAAGUGCUGCAAAAUCUAUUGUUCCCAAUAAUGUCCUGUAUAAUAUAGCUGUGGCAGCGUUAUGCAAAUCAGGGAAGAUCGAUGAUGCAAGAGAUGUUGUAAAUUACCUCUCACUAAAAGGCUUUACUCCUGAUGAGUUUACCUACUGCACCCUUAUCAAUGGCAUUUCUUUGGCUGGUAAAGUGAAUGAAGCUUUUGAUUUGCGCGAUGAGAUGCUAAUAAAGGAUCUUGUUCCAAAUAUUGCAGUAUACAAUGCUCUUAUAGAUGGCCUUUGUAAAGCAGGCAACCAUGAACGAGCAUUGAGACUUUUCAAUAAGCUUCAUUUGAAAGGGUUAGCUCCUAAUGUUGUAACUUAUAACACUCUGAUAGAUGGAUACUAUAAGAUUGGUAAGAAUAGUGAAGCCGUGCAACUGCUGAAGAGAAUAACAGAAGAAGAAAUCCUUCAGUCAUAAAUUAUUCCUUCCAUUCUGAUAAGUUGUCCGUAUAAGCAAGGUGAUAUUCAAGAACCAAUGAAACCUUUAAGUUGGACGAUAGGAGGCUGGUUCAGACCAGAUUUUUGUGAGACAGAGCACAGAGAAGGAGAUGGAAUUCAAGAUAUGUGUUAAAAUUUUUACUGCCUUCUACAUUCAACUGUUCGUCGGUGCAAGUCGAGGGACAUGUGUCUAUAAGCUUAUAGACUCUAUUGCACAGAGCCUUAUCAAAAGCUAUCAAGUCAUGAAAGGUGAAUACAAUGGUUCUCCUCUGCUAUUAAAAGCAUUGGCUGAUUAAUUGGAUGAACAGGUCGGCACAAGGGCAAGCUCUGAGUAUCUAAUCAUGAAACUUGUACCUUGUAAAAAUGUUAUCAACUCAAUGUGGACAAGAUCAUUUUUUGAUUCACAGAGCUUCAAGAGCACAGCUUCUAGGCCUUGUAACCAGGAUAAAUACAGAAUGAACAGAUAACAAGGUGAAGGUGAAGUGCAGAAGGACCAGUUUUCCAAGAUUGUGACAAGCCAACACCUGCAUAUUUGGCAAAAAGGUGAAGAUUAUAAACUAUUAAGGGGGUCAGGCUUAUGCCCCAUAUGUGAGAAUCUUCGCUGUGCAAGUAAAUGUCAUUUUGCAAUCAAUCAGCUUCCAGCUACUUUGAGUUUCAAUUUUCAGCCAACCUUCUAUUCUCACAAUAUGGAAUAAGUUACGUAAGCAUAUGACAUUCCAUAUACAUCACUUCGCACUUGAUGCAGGGGAAGGUGAAGGAGCAAAAGAGAUCAUUCGAUGAUGUGUAGCUCGUUUGUCAUACCCCUUUAGUGUAUUUAAAAAAGUCUAAGAAUUUUCAUUUGGUACUUUUGUAAGUUCCCCUUAUUACUAAUUAAGUGUUUGGUUGGCACUUUA